ACCUCCCGCCCUCAGAUGCCUAAACCUCCAAAGGGGUGCAGCCAGGGAAAACAGAGAGUCAGAGACCUGUGUGCUCCCCAGCAACUCCUCUCCUGUCCUGGGCCUGGACUUGCAGGCAGGAGUGAGGAACAUGGGGUGGGGUGAAUCUGCAGAAGCGGCCAGCCCAGCUGGGCUGACCCCUCCCUGCAGGGGCGGGACCCCGAGAGGAGGGAGAGAUCCGAGGCACUGGGAAGGAGACACAGGAGAGGCGCUAUGGCAGCAACCGGUCUAGGGGCCCGCUUCUACCGGCAGAUCAAAAGGCAUCCGGGGCUCAUCCCGAUGAUCGGCUUCAUCGCGCUGGGCAUGGGCAGCGCUGGGCUCUACCUGCUGCGACUCGCUCUGCGCAGCCCCGACGUGUGGCUUCAGGAGUCCUGGCUCCCUGAGACCCCAGCCCUGUCCAUCGUGCUCCGCAGCUGGGACCGCAAGAACAAUCCGGAGCCCUGGAACCGCCUGAGCCCCAAUGACCAAUACAAGUUCCUUGCAGUGUCCACUGACUAUAAGAAGCUGAAGAAGGACCGGCCAGACUUCUAAGCUGCACUGGGCUGCGCUGGCCAGCGCCCCGGUUUCUACUCCGUGCCUGUAGACCCCCUAGGCAUCAGUGUGUGCCCCCGUCCAGCUCUUGCUCCCACAGGCCACGUUCCCACGCACAGAGGCAGCGGCCCCACCCCCACCCUCCUCCCUCGCUCCCCAGCGGAAGCGCCUCUGACCCUCGGCUGCGGUCCCACGUGGGGGAGGGCAGGCAGCAGCCCCAGGGGGCACCCAAAAGGCCCAAACCAGCUGCUCGGCCCUCCUACCCCACUCUGCAGGGUGUGGCGCAGGCUACGUGCUGAGCGUGGCCGACAUGAGCCAACAGCGAGCAGGGGCCUCUGAGUGCCAAACGACGUGGCGGGCCCCACGUUGGCCCAGGCUCCCGGCGCCUGCCAGGGGCGGCGCUGCUCAGGCUCGGCAGGGCUCGUCUGGCGCCGCCCAGCCUGCCCGCCCAGUACGGGACAGUCCGUCCCCAGCCCAAGCCGGCAGCUUCCAGCGCCAAAGGCGACCCUCUCGCCUCCCACCUGGGCUUCCCCCUGCCGCUCCCCACCCCUCCCCUCCCUUGCUCCCCUCCAUCCCCCGGGAUCAAACAGAAGCAGCCGUGGGCAAAAUACAAUUUCAUUUAACAAAUUGAA